AUGGCCGCCAACCGCCGCUUCGCCCAUCUGCUCGACGGCAUGGGCGCAAUCUUCGCGACCCGCCCGCGAGACAACCACGCCGCCUACGACUCCGACUCCUACCACCGCCCCCGGCCCUCUCGCCGCCCGCGCCGCAACACCAUCGACCACGAUACCCGCUACCUGCCCGCCCAUGCCGCUCCUCCACCCCAGCCCGACCUAGAUCACCUGCGCCAGGCCCGCGCCGACUACUUCCUGCGCCCGCCCGAAAUCCCAGACCCGCGUAGUGCCCGCCGGCCCUCGGCCGCAUCCGUCGCGCUAUCUUCUCACCCGCCGACUCCUCCGCCGCCGCCUGUGCCCGACCUAGACAUGGUACAGCGCGCCGCCAGCACCCGCAAGACUUCCAAACCCAAGCGCCAGCACCAGGAUGACCGCCGCCCCAGCAGGAAAGAGCGCGAGGAUCGAGACAGCGGUGUGUAUGUGUACAGCACACCCCGUAGCGGCGACAGCAGGAGCAGGCGGGACGAAGAUUUGGCCGACACGAGAUCACGCGCCGGCCACAGGCGGACCGUGUCGUCGCCAGCCACCAACGUUAUCGAUGUCGAGGUUGAGAGGGAGGCCGACCCGGCCCCCGAACCGUCGCUGCACCGGACCGAAGCCGUCAGGUUAAAUCGGACCAUGUCCUCUCGGGACUCAGCCCGUCCGGCUGUCGUCAUGACCCGGCCGUCCCUCAGAAGAACGGGAACCCUGAAAACCCCGCCCGACGAAGUGCCUCCGCCUACGCCUUCGCAGAGCCACCAACGGAAAAACAGCGGCAUUCUAGGCCUGUUCCGCCAUGUGCCGCCGCCCGCCCAGACGCCGGAAAAGAAAUAUGACUGCAUGGUGUGCAUGGAUGAGGUCCGCGCAUCUCGCUGCCCGAAGCUCUCGUGUGGCCAUCGUAUGUGCCACACCUGCCUCAAACGCCAGUUCGAGCUCUCAGUCAGGGAUCCCCAGCACAUGCCCCCGAGAUGCUGCACCACCGAACACAUUCCUCUUAAAUAUGUCGAGCGCCUCUUCGAUACCAAAUUCAAGGUUCUCUGGAAUAAAAAGUACCAGGAAUACACCGCAAAGAACCGAGUAUACUGCCCGACCCGAGGAUGCGGAGAGUGGAUCAAGCCAUCGCACAUUCGCAUGGACGCCACCGUUGGCCGCAAGUACGGCAAAUGCCCCCGCUGCCGCGUCAAGGUCUGCGUGAAAUGCAACAACCGCUGGCACCUACGCAAAGAGUGCCCCAAAGACGAUGACGAGGAAGCCCACGCCUUCGCCGAGAUGGCCAAAGAGUCUGGGUGGCAGAAGUGUUACAACUGCAAGGCCAUGGUCGAGCUGAAGGAGGGCUGCAACCACAUGACGUGCCGGUGCACUGCGCAGUUCUGCAUGCUGUGCGGCGCGCGCUGGAAGACGUGCGAGUGCCCGUGGUUCAACUACCAACACCUCGACGACGACGACCGCCUGCAGAACAUGCGCGUCGCCGAACCUUACGUCGUCGUCGAGCGCGACCGCCCCGACGCCAUCCACGCCCCCCCUCCCCCGCGCCCGCUUCAGAACCCUACCCGUCCCGAACAGUACGCCGUCCCCGCCCCCCGCCUGAAUUACCCCGUCUACGCCCCGGAAGACACCCGCCCCGCUACUUCUCGCACCGCCCGCACCUUCUACGCCCCCGACCGCGACCGCGACCUCGAGCACGAGCGCGAGCGCGAGCGCGAGCGCGAAGACGAGAUGCUAGCCCGGCGUUUGCAAUCCGAAUUUCUCGCCGACGCCGCCGACGCUCCCGGCCGCACUGGCAGCAUCCGCGGCGGCAGCCUCAGCCGCUCCGGCGGAGGCGGCGGGAGCCACCGCCGACACCACCACCAUCACCGCAAUCGGACGGCGCCUGUUGUUGUGCCGCCAUCCCGCUACGACUCUCCCGAACUCGAGAUCGAGGUCAUGGGCGUCGGCAACGCGUCUGGUCACCACAUGAACGAUUUCGGCCUCCCGGGCGCCGCGGCGGUGGCAGCGUCGCGGCAGCAGCAGCAGCAAGCGCCGCCGCCUCGCAGCGGUGCGACUGCUGCCGUCAGGCGUAGCAACACUACGCGCAGCACCAUCACGCGUAACUUCUCGCGCAGAGAGCCUCCGCCACCACCAGCUGAUACGAGCGGCCGGUACGCAGCUACAGCCGAGCCGAUCACGGUGACCACGACGAUGGGUGGCAAUAACAUGACGACUCAAUAUCAAUACCAGUACGCGCGCCAGCAGCAGCGUCCGUCUGCUGCUGUAGAAGCGUCCGUCAUGGCCGGCUUGGGCGAUCCGGCGAGGAGCGGGAUGGGGCGGGUCGGCAUGUGGUUGAAUUAUGUGGAGAACGACCCGGCGGAGGUGGAGGGGAGAGCGGCGGCGAGAGCGGCGUCGGGGGCGGGAGCGGGCAUGGUGGGUGUGGCGGCGUAUUGA